AUGUGCUGCUGGCGUGGGGGGAUGAUGCUGGCAGGGCCGCAGCUGGUGGCCGGGCCGGCGGCACCGGGUGGAGAGCGGGCCCGGCUGCUCUCGCUCUACGUGCAGGACUACCUGGAGUGCGUGGAGUCGCUGCCGCUGGACAUCCAGCGCAACGCCUCGCUGCUGCGGGAGAUGGACACGCAGUGCCAAGAAGCGUUAAAAGAAAUAGAUGAUGUCUAUGAAAAAUACAAGUCAGAAAAUGACCCGGUUCAGAAAAAACGCUUACAGCAGCAUCUUCAGCGUGCAUUAAUCAACAGCCAAGAACUUGGAGAUGAAAAAAUUCAGAUAGUUACUCAGAUGCUAGAACUGGUAGAGAACAGAGCCCGUCAAAUGGAAACACACUCUCAGUGUUUUCAAGAUCUGUCAGAGAACGAAAAGCCCCUGGAAAAGGCCAAGAUGGAGUCGUGCCAGCCAGAGAGAUCUUCCCGCAGGCCCCGUCGCCAGCGAACCAGCGAGAGCCGUGACCUGUGCCACAUAGCCAAUGGUAUCGACGACUGCGACGAUCAGCCGCCUAAGGAAAAGAGGUCAAAAUCUUCCAAGAAGAAAAAACGCUCCAAAGCCAAACAGGAGAGGGAGGUUUCACCUGUAGAGUUUGCAAUUGAUCCCAAUGAACCAACUUACUGCUUAUGUAACCAAGUGUCUUACGGCGAAAUGAUAGGAUGUGACAAUGAACAGUGCCCCAUCGAGUGGUUCCACUUCUCCUGUGUUGGACUCACCUACAAACCGAAGGGGAAGUGGUAUUGCCCCAAGUGCAGAGGAGACAAUGAGAAAACAAUGGACAAAUGUACUGACAAAUCAAAAAAGGAUAGAAGAUCGAGGUAGUGAAAGCAAUUUAUGUUUUAAAGAGUUGCUCCUUUUAUAUUAAAAUGUUUAAUUUCCCGAGAACGCUGUUUUAGGGAAUGCAUAAGACUAUGCAAUAAUUUUUAAUCUAUACUAUUAAUGGAGUAUUAAAAGCUG